ACGACGACGUCGUUUUGAUCAUAAGAGUUCGAAUCGAACACCUUCUUCUCACACUGAAACUCAAACCUCUCAUGCUUUUGAUGUAACAAUGGAGAAUUUCAUCUAACGCUUAAAUCUUCAACAAGAAGAAGAAGAAGAAGAAGAAACCCAUUACAUACUCUUAUCCACCUCAAAAUCAUACACACACAUAUAUAUAUAAACUAUAUCUACACAAUAUUCUUAUAUAUAUAACCGAAUUUCAGUGAAUAUUGAACUCAAUUCGCUAUCCAACAAUGGAGCUAAGGAUCCCCAAGGUUUUCUCGCUCCUUCUUUGUCUUUCUCUAACUUCAGCUUCCGUUGUUGGAUCAACCUCUUCUCCUCCCAAAUAUCUCGGAAUCGAUCCCCAAGAUGAGAAAUACUACAAGUCUUCUGAUUCCAUCAAAUGUAGAGAUGGAUCGAAGAAAUUCACCAAAGCUCAGCUCAAUGAUAACUACUGCGAUUGUCUCGAUGGAACCGAUGAGCCUGGAACAUCUGCGUGCCCAAAUGGAAGAUUCUAUUGUCGAAAUGCAGGGCAUGCUCCUAAAGUAUUAUUCUCUUCUAGAGUGAAUGAUGGCAUAUGUGACUGCUGUGACGGGAGUGAUGAGUAUGAUGGUAAGGUGAAAUGCCCUAAUACAUGUUGGGAGGCUGGGAAAGUGGCAAGGGACAAAUUGAUGAAAAAAAUUGCAACUUUUCAAGAGGGUGUUGCAAUACGAAAGCAGGAAGUUGAACAAGCAAUAACAGCUAUAGCUAAGGAUGAGGCAGAGCUAUCGAAGCUACAAAAUGAAGAGAAAACGCUUAAAGGACUUGUCCAGCAGCUUAGAGAGCGUAAAGAGCAGAUAGAAAAGGCUGAGGAGAAGGAACGUUUACAGAGAGAAAAAGAAGAGAAGGAGAAGAAAGAAGCUGAGGAGAAAAUCAAACAUGAGGGUGAAGCUAAGCAGGUUGAUGUUGAAGGUGUAGAGAAGCCAAACCAUGAAACCGAAACCAUAAAUAGAGAUGAUGAUAAGAUUGGGCUUAUAGAUGAUCCUCCUUCGGAUCAGGAUGCUGUGGAAGCCCAUGAUGGUUUAGCUGCUGAAGCUGAGCAUAUUGAUGCUUCCAAAAAUGAAAAGUCCCUCAUUGAAGGUGUCGAACAGCACACAGCACAAGAGAUAGAAGAGUCUGCAGCUACUUCUGAAACUAAAACUGAUGUUGGAAGCAAGGUGUCCCCUGAUGAAGUCAAAGAUACGGGUGGUCAUGAUGCAUCUGAAAAUACCGAGGGAUUGUCAAGGGAAGAAUUGGGUCGACUUGUUGCUUCUCGUUGGACAGGAGAAAACACUGGAAAACAAACAGAGGAUACCAAUGCUGAAAAAGAUAAUAAUAAUAAUCAUGAAGCAUAUGAAAACACUGAAGAGAUGCCAAAGGACACCACACAUGACGAGGAAGAUGAUGGCUAUGCUUCAGAAACCGAUGAUGAACACCAUAAGUAUGAUGAAAGCAAUAUAGAGGAUGAGUUAGAGGAUGAUAUGAAAGAGGAUCACGAUAUUAGAGAAGAGGAUCCUGAAGAUUCUAGUUCUUCAUACAAGUAUGAUUCAGAUGUUGAUUCUGACUUUUCAGAUGUAACAACCUCAAGUAAUCCUUCUUGGUUGGAGACAAUACAACAAAAGGUGCGGAGUGUUCUUCAAGUUGUUAAUUUAUUCCAGACUCCAGUGAAUCAGUCAGAUGCUGCUCGUAUACGUAAGGAAUACGAUGAGUCCAGUAAUAAAUUGUCUAAAAUCCAAUCGAGAAUAUCAAGUUUGACACAGAAGCUAAAACACGAUUUCGGAGUAGAAAAGGAAUUCUAUUCAUUCUACGGUCAAUGUUUUGAGGGCAAGGAAAACAAGUAUGUAUAUAGAGUGUGCCCAUACAAACAAGCUUCCCAGGUAGAUGGACACAGCACGACUCGUUUGGGGCAAUGGGACAAAUUCGAAGACUCAUACAGAAUGAUGAUCUUUUCAAAUGGAGAUAAGUGUUGGAAUGGACCAGAUAGAAGUUUGAAGGUUAGGCUUAGAUGUGGAUUGAAAAACGAGGUUACCGACGUAGAUGAACCAAGUCGAUGCGAAUAUGUAGCAUUGCUAUCGACACCGGCUGUUUGUGUCGAGUCAAGACUUAAGGAACUACAACAAAAAUUAGAUUUGAUGAACCGAGAACAACCACAAAACCACGACGAGCUUUGAGAGUUUUCACAUGAUUUUGUUAGAAGUAAUCUGACAGCUUAUUAGGAAGAUAAGAUUAAGAUGAUCUCGCUUCACUUCAAAUGCGUAAAUCGGUAUUUUCGGCUUCGGCAGCAAAUUGGAGUGAUGAGCUGAGCUUUUUUUUUUUUUUUCACAUUCUAAAAUACUAAUUAAUAUAUAGAACAAAUUUUUAUUUGGUUGGGAGCUGGAUUAAUGAAGCUAUAUUGGUUUAAAAACAUGUUAAUUAAUUCAGUUAUUCAUAUUCGAACUCAAA